AUUUUUGUCGGGAGUAUUUCCAUCAGGCAUCCCUGCAUCCACUGCUGAAUCCCAACUCGAUAGACGGCACAUCUCCUUCUAUGCUCUCCCGCACCGAAAUACACCUCUCGUCCACAAAUCUCUCGAAAACGAGAAGGAACGUAGUGCGCCUGUGAAAUCCUAGAGGAGGAGAAAGUGGAAGGAGGACAAGGUUAACUGUAGUCCACUUCGGCCUGAGACCUACACUGACAUGUUGACAAACACCAAAACCUCUGGCAUCGCCAAUGUUGACGAGACAGAUCACCACACAUCUAAGGACAGUCAGCCAGUCUCUCAGGAAACAUCGUCACUCUCAUAUUCAGAGAAACAGUCAACGGCCGUGCCCCACGCAGCUGAAAAUCCUUUAGUGGGCGAGGCAGGAAAGCUUGAGUCAUCGACGCAGCAUAGUUCACAAGGUGGCCUGCCUUCGACUCACGAGACAAACAGAGCGCUCGAAGAAGGAGGCUAUGGACAGUGCAUCAAUGGUAUCUCUUCAGAUACCUCGGAAUAUCGGAUUCCCGUGAGCCGGGUCACAACCGAUGCCGAGGGAAACACAUAUCCAGAAGGCGGUUUGGAGGCAUGGUUGGUGGUAUUUGGAAGUUUCAUGGGACUUUUUGCGUCCCUUGGUCUCGUCAACACCAUUGGCACAUUUCAGGCGUAUCUUCAAGAUCAUCAGCUGAAAGAAUACAGCCCUGGCAACGUUGGCUGGAUAUUUGGCGUUUACUCGUUCCUGACCUUCUUUUGUGGAGUUCAGAUCGGCCCGGUCUUCGAUGCGAAAGGGCCUCGAUUUCUUGUUCUUGCCGGCUCUGUCUUAGUCAUGGUGAUGAUGAUUGCCCUAGGGUUCUGCACUAAAUACUGGCAUUUCAUGCUCGUGAUCGGAGUUGCCGGAGGAACGGGAGCCUCUCUCAUUUUUACGCCGGCGAUAUCCGCAGUCGGACAUUUCUUCAACGAGAAACGCGGCGUUGCAACUGGUCUUGCUGCUACUGGAGGCUCUGUUGGGGGAAUAGUCUUCCCACUGGUCCUGGAGACUCUCUUCCCCAAGAUCGGCUGGGCAUGGGCAACCCGUGUUAUUGCCUUGAUUUGUUUAAUCUUGUUAAUCGGAUCCUGCCUGCUGGUGAAGUCACGUCUGCCUAAGAAGCCGGCUUCCAAGGAGAACGUCCUCCCCGAUUUUCGGAUUUUUCGAGAUGCCAAGUUCGCUUUCACAACAGCAGGCAUCUUCUUCAUUGAAUGGGGCCUUUUUGUUCCGAUCAGCUAUAUCUCUUCAUAUGCUCUAGCCCACGGGGUCUCUACAAAACUGUCAUACCAAAUGGUAGCUUUCCUUAACGUCGGCUCGGUCUUAGGAAGAGCGAUCCCAGGAUUCAUCGCAGAUUUUCUUGGUCGCUUCAACACACUAAUUGUAACUGUGGCCCUCUGCCUCGUGUGCAACGCGUGUCUCUGGCUUCCUGCUGGCGGCAACGUUCCUUUAAUGAUUGCUUACUGCGUGAUAUUUGGAUUCGCCAGUGGCAGCAAUAUCAGUCUUACGCCAGUCUGCGUUGGACAACUUUGCAAGAUUGAAAAUUACGGAAGAUACUACGCCACGGCGUAUACCAUCGUAAGCUUCGGCACUCUCACCGGGAUUCCAAUUGCAGGCGAGAUUCUCAGCCGUUGCAAUGGAGAGUAUUGGGGUCUAAUUGUCUUUACAACUUGCUGCUAUGCCCUGGGUCUCGCAUGCGUCACUGCAGCGAAGUUAAUUCAUGUUGGCUGGCGUCAACCAUGGGUCGUCUACUGAAUCCGGUCUCAAUUGAAUAUUAAGAUGUCUGCCGGCGUGCUUACACCCGACAAAAUCGCCAAUAGAUGCAGCAGCAAUUGCAGAGGGAAAUUGAUGGGAAUUACGGAAGGACGACUGGAACCCGACCUACGAACCAAAGUACACACCAGUAUGCGCGGAAAAGACAUCGUAG